GUUUACGGAGUUCGCCUGAGAGUGAAACCGAAAGCGGUCGAAACCAACAAUUAGACUCCAUUUCAGAGAAUUCAAGAUCAGAAAUGGCCUCAAACAUGGCCUGAAAUCACAUUUGUCUCCUUGGAAGAAGAGAAACAGAAACCUGCCUGUAAAAUGAGUGUGUGUGAGGAGAAGGAGGAGGAGGCGUCUGUUCACACCCAGAGAGCAUCAUCUCCAGUAUCCAGCUGUGUGUCCAUGAGUAACAACUCCAUGCAUCAUCCCCCAUAUCUCAGUAAUGGACCAUCAUCAGGAUUCAGCUGUGUGUCCAUGAAGAGUAACAACUCCAUGAUGAAUCCCCCUUAUCUCAGUGAUGGACCAUCUUCAGGAUUCAGCUGUGUGUCCAUGAAGAGUAACCACUCCAUGCAUCAUCCCCCUUAUCUCAGUGAUGGACCAUCUUCAGGUUUCAGCUGUGUGUCCAUGAAGAGUAACAACUCCAUGCAUCAUCCCCCAUAUCUCAGUAAUGGACCAUCAUCAGGAUUCAGCUGUGUGUCCAUGAAGAGUAACAACUCCAUGAUGAAUCCCCCUUAUCUCAGUGAUGGACCAUCUUCAGGAUUCAGUUAUGUGUCCAUGAAGAGUAACAACUCCAUGAUGAAUCCCCCAUAUCUCAGUGAUGGACAAUCUUCAGGAUUCAGCUGUGUGUCCAUGAAGAGUAACAACUCCAUGAUGAAUCCCCCAUAUCUCAGUGAUGGACCAUCUUCAGGAUUCAGUUAUGGGUCCAUGAGAAGUAACAACUCCAUGAUGAAUCCCCCAUAUCUCAGUGAUGGACCAUCUUCAGGAUUCAGUUAUGGGUCCAUGAGAAGUAACAACUCCAUGAUGAAUCCCCCAUAUCUCAGUGAUGGACCAUCUUCAGGAUUCAGUUAUGGGUCCAUGAGAAGUAACAACUCCAUGAUGAAUCCCCCAUAUCUCAGUGAUGGACCAUCUUCAGGAUUCAGUUAUGGGUCCAUGAAGAGUAACAACUCCAUGAUGAAUCCCCCAUAUCUCAGUGAUGGACAAUCUUCAGGAUUCAGCUGUGUGUCCAUGAGGAGUAACAACUCCAUGAUUAUUCCCCCUAAUCUCAGUGAUGGACCAUCUUCAGGAUUCAGAUGUGUGUCCAUGAGGAGUAACAACUCCAUGAUGAAUCCCCCAUAUCUCAGUGAUGGACAAUCUUCAGGAUUCAGCUGUGUGUCCAUGAAGAGUAACAACUCCAUGAUGAAUCCCCCAUAUCUCAGUAAUGGACCUGCUGUGACCUCUGACCCUGCUAUCAUCAGCAGGAAGAGAAAGAUAGAAGCAUCUCCAGUAUCCAGAUGUGUGUCAGUGAAGACUAACAGACCCAUGAUUCACCCCACUGAUCUCUGGAAUAAAGCCGUGCCCUUCGGCCCUGUUGGUGGGAGAGCUGACCAGAUCAGAGAUGUGUCCUGUCAGACCAGCUCAUCCUCCUCCUGUCAGAAACACAUCAGUCAUCAUGACACAGAAGCAGCCCUGCAGCUCGAUUCUCACCAGCCAGUGCAUGAUGAUCUUCAGAGAGUCAAAGACCAGCACAAAACCAGCAUGAAGAACAGAUAUGAGAGAGUAUUUGAGGGAAUCAAACUACAAGAGAAUCAGACUCUCCUGAACAGGAUUUACACACAGCUGUACAUCAUAGAGGGAGAGAGUGAAGGAGUGAAUGAAGAACAUGAGGUGCUACAGAUGGAGAAAAGUUACAAGAACCUCCAAGACACUCCAAUCCACUGCAAUGACAUCUUUGAUCCUUCACCUGAACCAGGAUAUGAGGAGAAGAGAAGAGAAAAGAAAGACAAAAUCAAGACUGUUCUUACUAAAGGCAUCGCUGGAAUUGGGAAAACCGUCUCUGUGCAGAAGUUCAUUCUGGACUGGGCCGAGGGAAAAGCCAAUCAGGAUGUAGAUUUCAUGUUUGUGCUUCCAUUUAGAGAGCUGAACUUGAUUAAAGAUCAUCAGUACAGUCUUCACAGACUUCUGCUGGACUUUCAUCCUGAACUUCGAGAUCUGGACUCAGAGAUGUAUGAUGAAUGUACAGUUGUGUUCAUCUUUGAUGGUCUGGAUGAAAGCAGAUUGACACUGAUGUUUUCAGACAGUGAGAAAGUUUCUGAUGUGACUGAGUCUUCAUCUGUGGGUGUGUUGAUGUCAAACCUCAUGAAAGGAGAUCUGCUUCCCUCAGCUCUCAUCUGGAUCACCACCAGACCAGCAGCAGCCAAUCAGAUCCCCUCCAAAUACAUCAACCGUGUGACAGAAAUUCAGGGAUUCAAUGAGCCUCAGAAGGAGGAAUAUUUCAGGAAGAGAAUCAGUGAUGAGCAUCAAGCCAGCAGAAUCAUCUCUCACAUCAGAAGAGCAAGAAGCCUCCACAUCAUGUGUCACAUACCCGUCUUCUGCUGGAUCUCAGCCACUGUGCUUCAAAACAUCCUGAAACAAGAUCUGAGUGCAGAAAUCCCUCAAACUCUGACUGAAAUGUACAUACACUUCCUCCUCAUUCAAACUCAUAUGAGGAACCAGAAGUAUGAAGAGAGAGAUCCAGAGAAACUCCUGCACUCCAACAGAGAAGUGAUUGUGAAACUUUUUGAACUGGCUUUCAAUCAGCUGAUGAAGGGCAAUGUGAUGUUUUAUGAGGAGGACCUGAUUGAGAGCGGCAUAGACGUCACUGACGCCUCAGUGUAUUCUGGGAUUUGCACUGAGAUCUUUAGGGAGGAAUCUGUGAUUUAUCACAGGAAGGUUUACAGCUUUGUACAUCUCAGCUUUCAGGAGUAUUUUGCAGCACUGUAUGUGUUUUUCUGCUAUUUACACAAGAACAGUGAAGUUAUGAAAAUGUUCCUCACUGGAAAGUCCAGAACUCAGUCUGUAAAUGUUCCUCUGGAUGAGCUCCUGAAGGGAGUAAUGAAUAAAGCCUUAAACAGUAAAAAUGGACACCUGGAUCUUUUCCUUCGAUUUCUUCAUGGCCUCUCACUGGAGUCCAACCAGAGACUCUUACAGGAUGUGCUGAUUCACACAGAGAACAACCCAGAGAGCAUCAAGAAAAUAAUCCACAACCUCAAACGAGGUCAAAAAAACAAUGUCAGUCCUGAAAGAUGGAUGAAUCUGUCACACUGCUUGAUUGAGAUGAAGGAUCAUUCUGUUGUUGAAGACAUGCAGGCAUUUUUAAACUCUGAAACAAAAACAAAAAGUCUCUCUCUUGCACAAUGCUCAACAUUGGCGAACAUGAUCCUGAUGUCGGAGGAGGUGAUGGAUGAGUUUGACUUCAUGCAGUACAAAUUUAAAUCAAAAGAGGGUAAAUGGAGACUGCUACCUGCUGUGAGGAACUGCAGAAAAGCUCUAUUAACAGCCUGUAAUCUCACAGAUCAGCACUGUGAAAUUGUGGCUUCAGCUCUACAAUCAUCAAACUCCCCCCUGAGAGAGCUGGACCUGAGUCACAAUCACCUGCUGGAUUCAGGAGUGAAGCUGCUCUGUACGGGACUGAAGAGUCCAAACUGUCAACUCAACAUACUGAGAUUAACAGCCUGUAAUCUCACAGAUCAGCACUGUGAAAUUGUGGCUUCAGCUCUACACUCAACAAACUCCCCCCUGAGAGAGCUGGACCUGAGUUACAAUCACCUGCAGGAUUCAGGAGUGAAGCUGCUCUGUACGGGACUGAAGAGUCCAAACUGUCAACUCAACAUACUGAGAUUAACAGCCUGUAAUCUCACAGAUCAGCACUGUGAAAUUGUGGCUUCAGCUCUACAAUCAUCAAACUCCCCCCUGAGAGAGCUGGACCUGAGUCACAAUCACCUGCAGGAUUCAGGAGUGAAGCUGCUCUGUACGGGACUGAAGAGUCUGAACUGUCAACUCAACAUACUGAGAUUUACAGGCUGUAAUCUCACUGAUCAGCACUGUGAAAUUGUGGCUUCAGCUCUACAAUCCCCAAACUCCCCCCUGAGAGAGCUGGACCUGAGUUGCAAUGACCUGCAGGAUUCAGGAGUGAAGCUGCUCUGUACGGGACUGAAGAGUCCAAACUGUCAACUCAACAUACUGAGAUUUACAGGCUGUAAUCUCACUGAUCAGCGCUGUGAAAUUGUGGCUUCAGCUCUACAAUCAUCAAACUCCCCCCUGAGAGAGCUGGACCUGAGUUACAAUGACCUGCAGGAUUCAGGAGUGAAGCUGCUCUGUACGGGACUGAAGAGUCCAAACUGUCAACUCAACAUACUGAGAUUAUCUGGCUGUAUGGUGACAGAGGAAGGUUGUGCUGAUCUGGCAUCAGCUCUGAGUUCAAACCCUUCACACCUGAGAGAGCUGGACCUGAGCUACAAUCACCCAGGAGAUUCAGGAGUGAAGCUGCUCUCUGAUACACUCACACAUCUGGACACACUCAAUGUGGAUCACAGAGGAGAGAUCAGGAUGUUAGCAGGGCCACGCAAAUGUAAGUCCACAAACACAGUUUUAGUUGUUGGUGUUUUGUUGUUGUAAGGAUCACCCAUUGGCCCAAAGACGGAGUCCAACGGCUGGGCGAAGGGAUAAUGCGUGU